GAGCUCGCGCGGCCUGACCUACUCGACGGUCGUCGAUACCGACGCGCAGAAACUGUACAGCGCUCGAACGAGCUAGACACACGCUAGCAACGCAGCUCCCGCAAGAAGAACACUUGAGAGACACGUUGAGUGAGUGAGUGAGUGAGUGAACGAGAGUGAGUGAGAGUCAUUCAACAGACCAGUGAACGUGGAACUGGAAAACGCAUCCGCGCAUAAGGUUAAAAGUGCAACUGCGUAUAGGCAAGACUCUCCCGCGGUCAAAGAACCUUGAAGUUGAAGUUAUUGCAGUGAGUGCGUCCAGCUAUACGCGAUGGGAUUGCUACGACGGAACAGUUUGAACAUUGGCAAAUGGUUUCCGGCCGGCGGUACAGCGCACCCGACUACCGUUGUUACGCCCCCAACCGGAACGACCGGUCCAGCGCGCGCCAGUUUCGGCAGCUCAGUCGCCAUCCAGAAGCUGCGCGAAAGCAAGUGGUUCGAUGCCGGCGAGGAGCGCAUCUUUUGCGCCGUGAUCGAGAACGGCUUCAUCGUGGAGGUCCGCCGGCAGUCGGCGAACCCCGGCGACAGCUGGUUCGGUGUGGUGUCCAUCGAGCAGAAAAAGUCUCCCAAACCGACGGCCGAAAGUGUGAAAAUAUAUUCCGUACGCAUGAAGGAGAAUGAGAAAAAGCCGAUGAAAGUGUACUGCGUCACGUUGUCUAAUCUAUGGCAGCAAGGACAUCAGUUGCGGAUCAACAAUGUGGCCGAUCGUACGAAGAAAGCCCACCCGGAGAAAGACAUUUUAGCUCAGAUAAAGUAUGCCUCGAAGUGCCAAAUGCCGUUCCACAACAGUCAACAUUUUGCCGAAUUCUGUCGAUACGGUGACCGGCCGCAGGACAGCCGGAAGCGACAAGUAAGUGCGUUACUGAAACGGUUCGAGGACGCAUUGCAAGGAGCGCACAACAGCUACUUCUGAUCCUAUACGACCGCCCCCGGGGAGAGAGCUCGCGAAAGAUUUCGGACUGCGCCAAAUGGGGUGGUAUCAAUAUGGGGGCGACGCUCAUUUUCAUGGAAAUGCAGAAGAAGCAAAAGUCACUGUCGCACUAGUGGACCGCGCGCGCGACCGGAGUCUCCGAGUUGCCAAAUCCUCGGUGAUACUAACCAACCCUGCGCUCACUGGAGCGUGUAGAACUGGUCUUUAGUCGUUUAAGCAUUUCGUGAAUGCGCCGACCGUGGAACAUUGAUUGUGAUUUCUGUCACUUGGUAGGUUUAAUGGAACAGUGUGUAUUUCUGUUCUUACUUCUGUAAGAGUUUUGCUUUGAUCUUGAGAUACGCGAAUGUGGUAUUACGCAUCUUACAUGUAGCGAGUAGGUGUUUAGCUGUAAGCUAGCAGAUAAGGGAAGCAGCACUGGAACUGAACAAUCACCAUGUUGAUUUGUAAAGGGUAUUCAUUCAUUCAUUGAAUCAUUUUGUAUCAUUACCAAAGGCCCAGCAGCAGUAGCUACGUAAGGCGAACUAUUUUACACAGAUAAGGAAGCAUAUGUACAUGAAAAGAUAAUAAAACGAAGAAACUUUAUAUUGGAAAAUCGGUUGUUCUAAA